AUGCUUUCGGUUUUCUGUGCGGAAGUGGAGGUCAAGCCUUAUGUGCUGGAUAACCAAAUGUGUGAUGAGUGUCAAGGCGCACGUUGUGGCGGCAAAUUCGCACCACUUUUCUGCGCUAAUGUCACCUGCCUACAGUACUAUUGUGAGCAAUGUUGGAUUCAAAUACACAGCCGACAAGGUCGCGAGUAUCACAAGCCCUUGGUGAAAGAGGGUGCCGAACGGCCUCGCCCUGCCCUCUAUCUUCUGCUCGUGUAUGUGCGCGACACCAUCCACUCCCUGUGGUCGGCCCUCCUCUACGCCUGCACACCACCUUGCAAACGUGGAUGA